AUGAGGACUCCUCUCGUCAUCCUGCUGGCUGCUGUCCUGUGCGUGCAACAAGCUUAUCCAUUCAUGUGCUACAUUUGCCAAGAGCAGGAGUCCAACAAGGACUGUUUGACCAUUUCCAUGUGCUCAGAGGAGGACAAAUACUGCGUGACCGUGCGGAAGGACGUCAGAACGAAGCCCAACAAGCCCAAAUACAUCAUCUCCAAGAUGUGCUCUCCGACGUGUCCAGCAGCAAGUCAGCAACAAAGCUCUCAGAGGGUUUCUUGCUGUACAAAACCCUUGUGCAACGUGAAUGAAGCCAGCAGCAAGAAAAGCAGCUUUGGAGUGAUGUCCCUGGCUGUCCUGGCCAGUGUCACCUACAUCUUUGCACGUGGACUGUGA